UAUGUUCAAGUUUAAAGGAAACAGAAAUCAGCAAUCUAGCACUGAAAUAGCAAAAUCAGUAGAAGACUUUUUUACCUUUUCUAAAAUAUCUACUCUUGGCUUUCCUCACAAACCUACAGCGUUAUCAUGGGAUUCUCAUCUCUGUCUUAUGGCUAUUGGAACACAACAUGGAUCUAUACGAAUUUAUGGAGCACCCGGGGUUCAAUUCUGUGGGGAAUUGAGGCAACGGCUUUGCAUUAUAGAUUUGAUUUUUAUUCCUAAAAAGGCAAGGUUAAUUUCACUCUGUUCAGACAAUAGUCUUCAUUUGUGGGAAUUAAAUGAAAGAAAUGGAAUUUGGUGCAUUGAAGAAAUAAAAUCUUUUGUUUUAAUGGGAAUGAUGAAGAAAAUUUCAACAAUUUUAUUAAAUUUUACAUCUGAUAUCUUAUAUAUUGGAACAAUGUGUGGCAAUAUUUAUACUUUGAACGUUGAAACUUUUGAAAUGGCUGAAAGUGUAAUUUAUCAAGAUGUAGUUGUUCAAAACAUUCCGGAUGAUAAAAAAUUAAAACAGGGCUCUGUAAAAUCAAUAUCAUAUCAACCUCACAGCCCAGAUUGCUUGUUAAUUGGUUACCAACAAGGAUUAAUGGCAUUAUGGGACAUUAAGAAAUUAAUUGUAAUCAGCACUUUCAUCAGUACUCAGAGUUUAGAGUUUGUUACUUGGCAUCAUGAUGGAAUGCAGUUCAUAAGUUCUCAUAGUGAUGGAAGUUACGUAACUUGGAACACCCAAGAUCCAUCUAAACCUUCUGAAGUACCGAUAACUUUGUAUGGUCCGUUUGCUUGCAAAGCAAUUGAAAAGAUAUUAUGGAAUUCUGUUAAAGGCGGAGAUGACUAUAUAAUAUUUUCUGGUGGGAUGCCGAGAUCAAGCUAUGGAGAUAAGUUUACUGUGACAAUCAUGUGUGGAGAUCGACAUCAAGUUCUAGAUUUGUCUUCCAAAGUGAUAGAUUUUUUUACAAUAUCUGAUGCCUUUGAUGAAUCAGAAUUUGAUAAUCCCAAUUCUCUUAUUAUAUUACUGGAAGAAGAGCUUAUAGCUAUAGAUUUAGAAUCAGAUUCCUGGCUGCCUUUCAAGUUUCCGUACUUAGAAAUUUUGCACUCGUCUCCUAUAACUUGUUUUCAAUAUUGUCCUGAUGUACAUAAAGAAAUGUGGAGGCAACUUUCAAAUAUCUCUGAAUUGAAUUCGGAGAAAUAUACUGAAAAUGAGUGGCCCAUUAAAGGUGGGAAAGCUUUAACUGAUAACAAUCUAAUCAAUAAUUUACUAGUCACUGGCCAUGAGAGUGGAAGUAUCAAAGUCUGGAAAGCUUCAUCCACGUCAUUGCAACUUAUUUAUGAAUUUCAUGCUUCACAAGUAUUUGUAACAUAUGAAUCUGAAGAGAGUGAUGAUGCAGUAGAAGAAUGGCCUCCAUUUCGCAAAAUAGGCAGUUUUGAUCCUUUGUCUGAUGAUCCCCGACUUGCUAUUCGCAACAUAGUUUUGAAUGACAUAACAAGAACUUUGAUUGCUGGUGGAUCUUCUGGACAAAUUCUUGUCUUGCAGCUCCUCGACAUUGAAUGCGAAAAAGAAACUAUAGUCACACAUAUUACUAUUGGUGAUAAAUGGGAUAGUACUCUAUGGUGUAAUCCUCAGCCUCUCAUUGUAAAGCAUGGAAAGCGUAAGUACGGAAAGGGGUUUCACGUCCAGUGUACUGUACAAUUGACACCCCCAGCUCCAGUGACAUCUUUGGCAUUUCAUGCAGAGUGGAAUUUGGUAGCUGUUGGAGUUGCACAUGGGUUUGUUGUGUAUGAUAUUGUACAGAAGAAAUGUGUCAUAUCUCGAUAUACUUUGAAUACAUCAGAGCUCAGUACUGUAAUUGCAAAUAUUUCCCCUAAAACUAAAUCACUGAAGAAAACAUUUCGAGAAUCUUUUCGCAAGUUGAAAAUGGUGAAAACUCGGUCCUUAAAAAGGGAACGCGCUGGGUCAUUAAGUAGUGACAUACAAGAAGAUACUUCAAGAGAAAGCAGCAUUAAAAGGGAUAGCUUUACAUCUAGUCCAGAUCCAACUGUUGCCAGUUCACCUUCUCCAGAACUUAAAUCUUUCGACAUAGAUGCUGAAUCCAGAUGUUCAGAAGAUAUUAUAAAUUCUGUUCAAUGUGUUUAUUUUUCCCAAAGCUUCAUAAUCAACAAUGUCAUUACUACACCAACUUUAUGGAUUGGUACCAGUAGUGGGAGUAUCUAUAUUUACACAAUCACAAUGCCUGCUAGUGACUGUCGAACAUCAGAUGCUGUUAUGUGCCAAUUAGGCAAAGAAAUACAACUAAAGCACCAAGCUUCUGUAUUAAGUAUACAUGUAAUUGACCAUAGAGGAUAUCCACUUCCUGAUCCCAUCAAUGUUCAGCAUCAAAGAACAAAACCUGCAGACCUUUGCGGAAGCCACAGAGUUGUUGUAUGCACAGAGGAACAAAUAAAAAUUUUUACAUUGCCAAGCAUGAAACCUUACUGCAAGAACAAAAUAUCUUUAACAGAAGGUUAUAAUAUAUCUAAAGUUGGAUUUUCCAGUUUUCCUAAUAAAAGUGAUCCUAAAGUUUGCGAGUACUGUCUAAUAUGCCUUUCUAGCUCUAAUGGAAUAACUUUAUACAAUUUGCCAGACUUGAGAAAAUGUAUAUCUUUUCACUAUAGCUCAUUAGAAGAUAUUGAGAUUUCAUCCAAAACAUCUUUUGCAUAUAAUGGCCUCUUAGUGAGUUUAAGUUCACCAUCAGAAUUCCAUAUAUUAUCUUUGUCAACAGCAAUAACAACCAAGCCAGCUUGUAAACUAGAACUCCCAGAAGGAAUUAGAAAUGUUUGUAAACCUUUGGAAAAUAUUGUUUUAGAAAUGCAGAAUAUUAGUUUAAUUAAUGGUAGUGCAAACUUGACUAGUCAUAGUAGUCUUUCCGAAGCAAUAGAUCCUCAAGUACAGAAUGAACUAAAUGAUAUAGAAAAUGCAAGUGAAGAAGCAAGGCGCCUUUCUCUUGCAUCUGGAAGAUUAAUUGAGGAAAACCCACAAGGAGAAGCGCAUAAUGUACAAAAUAAUAUUCAAACUUCUAGUGAAACUGCUCAACAACAGAUCAUGAGAGCACCUCUUGCGACUAUUGAGGAAUUAAAUUCCUCUGAUGAUUCUCACUUGAAUGUCAGCAGAAGCUACUGUAAAUCCUAGAAAAAUUCAAAUUAUCAACUAUAAGUGCAAUGUAUAUUAGAUAUUGGUUUUAUUUGUGCCCCUAGCUACUUCACAGCUGCUUAUUUGAAUGAACUGUUUUCACUUGGAUUAAAACUCAAAAAUCACUUAAAUCAACCUGGCAAAAAAAAAAAAAAAAAUCAAGAAAAA